AAUUGACGUGAUAUCGUAGUCUGAAAUCAAAUGUUUGAAAUUAAUUUGAAGCUGAAUCACCUCCGAAUGAUGAUCAAAAAUACGUCCGUUGUUGUUUUAAUAUGUACAACUCUACUGAUGAAUACUCACAACGCUAUGGAGGGAAAAUCAUCAUACAAAACCUACUUAAAUCGAAGUGGGUUAUUCAACAAAACCCUUUUCGACUUCACUGAUACUAAUAACAAAGAGGUAUUUACAGGUUGGACAGAGUAUUCACAUACAGCUCAAGGAUCUAAAGCCACACUCGUACCACUUCACGGACAGAAUUACCAAUCAGCCAUAUUCUUCUAUCUACUCAACUCACGAUCAAAUGGAUCGAGUUUCGCUGGCGUGAAGAGGAUAAACUACAUUUCGGUUUUGCCAAAAUAUGACGGUGCAAAAAUUGAUCUUCAUAGACAAGGUCUAAAUUCUACCUUCAAACUGAUAUUCUAUGAAAAAUGUGAGGGUACACAAAAUUGUAUAUCAUAUGAAUCAAAUUUCCAAACAUCUGGCUUACGACAGCAAAUAGAAAUACCAUUCAGCAAAUUUACACAAUACUGUCGUGGAAGACAGAUAUCUAAUACACUUCCUUCAAAUUUAAACAAAGUAUAUCAAAUCGGAAUACAAGCAUAUACAGGUAGAAAUGGGACUAAACAGCACUCUGGUGUAGGUUACAUCGAAAUAUUCACUAUUUCAAUAUAUAAAGAAGCUCGAAAGUCAGUUUGAAUAAACCGAGCUUAUAUGGAAUUUCGACCACUUGAUAUGUAGCACUUAUUGAUGCUAUGAUAAUUUUCGUUUAUAUUAAAUGAAUUUGUCAGUAAAUAUCACAUAUCCACCUAUGAGUAUUGAAUAUUUUCACGGUUUCCUUAUGGUUCACACGAACGUCAUUAAAGGUGCGCUGUGAUGUUACUCGUAUUGCUGAAAAGAAAUGCAUUCAAAUAGUUGAGAAUAUUUCCUGCUUACCUUGAAGUAACAGUCAGUUGUUGUACACACGUCGAACAACGUUUACUUUUGAGCAACAAACCAAUUGAUGGUAUGAAAAAACACGAUAUUCAGUGAAGAGAUCUCUUUUGAAGGGACUUAUCAUCAAGCCGUAUGUUUGUAUAUAGAUAUGUACUGGUUUUGUGAUGAAUAAUUGAAAUGAUGUAUUAGUGAGUUUAUAAUACUAGGUCACAUAUUACGAAUAAAAACAAUAGACUAAAUAAUUUAGCAUCGAGCCAUCACGUGAAUAAACCAAGAUGAUUAACAUGUGUAUGUAAAUAAACAUACACUUAUAUAUACUACUAGUUAUUGUAUUAUAUCAUCAUCAAUACUGUGGAUGAUUGAUUUUCUCUAACGGAAUCCUAGACGUUGUUGUGAUUCAUUCCUCAAGUACAUUCACUGACGAUGAUUUUCAAUACUAGAUAUACUAGAGAUAGGGGGUUGAGAGGAUUGUGGAAAUAAAGCAAGAUUUAAUCAAUUGUAAUAAUCUUGACAAUAAUGUAAAAUAAAAAUUUUAUUAGCGAUAUAUAAUAAUCACAAAUGACUCGAUCAAAUUAUUUUUGCUUCAAAAUUUACCUUUCUGAAUUCAACAUUUACUGAUCAUUUGUGAUAGGGAUCAAUAGAGUAUCGAAUUGUUAGAUUGAAAGUAUCCGAUUGACAUUGAUGAUCAAUAGAUGUAGACCUUAAU